ACGAGUCUCGUCAGCUCUCGCGUCCCGUUCGUUCAGUUGAGUCAGUUCUUAGCCAACCUCCAAAGUAAACGGAAUCGUAAUUCAUAAUUUUUGAGCCAAUUUUUUUUUUCUGUAACAAACGAAUAUUUUUUAUUUGCAAAAAUGAUCAAGUUACUUGUGUUACUUAUCGCCAUCGGCACCGCAACGGCUGUCACGAAAGUUCCGGUCACGAUUUACUACGAGACGUUAUGUGCGGACAGUAUGGCUUUCUUCACAAAACAAUUCGAACCAACUUGGCGCCAACUCAAUAAUUACAUCGACUUAGAACUCGUACCUUUUGGAAAAUCAAGCUACACUCCACUCAACAAUCCGGGAGCAUUCCCCCAAAUUCCUGGUGCUGUAGUUUCAUCAAAGAAUUGGACGUGUCAUCACGGACCCAACGAAUGUAUGGGCAACAGAUUUCAGUCAUGCCUCAUCGAUCCUUCAACAAACGCCAACCUUGAUGCUAAAAUUACUUUGAUCAACUGUCUCAUGCAAAAGGCCACGAAAGAAACACCUUAUGAUGCAACCGCUCUUCAAUGUAAUCUUGAGAAACCAACGGGUAUGGAAAUAGCUUCACUGGUAGCAUGCGCUCAUACGCAAAAAGGAGAAGAUCUGUUUGAAGCUAAUGGAAGGAAAACUGCCCUAUUACAACCGCCAUUGACAUCCGUACCAACAGUAGUUUUCAACCGGUCUUUCAACAAGGCAGAUAGCGACGCUGCUGUAUCUUCUUUCAAGAGUGCUUUGUGCUCACGUAUCACCGACAACCCAAAACCAAAAGAGUGUGACAGCGCCAACGGAGCUUCUUCGAUCACUUUCAGUUUGAUAUCUGUGUUGACCGCAGGUCUCAUUAUUCAUCAGCUAUAAUAAUAUUUAUACUAUCACCGAGCACAUUAUAUACGUAAAUUAUAAAAUUUAAAAGUAUAAGUUUCAAGAGAAAUUUUUAAUAUAUUUUAAAAGAAAAGUACUAAUUGCCCAGUCAUCGACGUAUUCGUGCAGGUAGUAUAUACAAUAAAUAUUAUAUGUACAUGUAUUGGUAUUUUUGUGAUAAAAUAAUGAAAUAAAAAAAAAAUGAAUAAAAAAAAAAAAA